AUGGCCUCCUCCGCUGAUGAUGAGAAGCAUGGAGCCGAGUUCCAGGAGUACGUCAACGAUGAGUCUGUGCAGGUGGCGUUACACAAGAAAACAGAAGCGGCUCUGGUGCGGAAGUUGGAUUGCUUCAUCGCGCCUGUGAUGAUGCUACUGAUGCUGAUCAGCUACCUGGAUCGAGGUAACAUUGGUUUUGCUGCAACCCAAGGCAUGACCGAAGAUAUUGGACUUAAGGGCACGGAGUUGAACACAGCUGUCUCAGUAUUUUACAUAUUCUACAUCCUUGCCGAGUUCCCAACAUCCAUUCUGGUCAAGAGGCUUCAGUUCAAUCGUGUCAUCCCAACAAUCACCUUUUGCUGGGGGAUAGUCUGUCUCUGCACCGGGUUUAUUCAUAGUUUCGCUUCCCUCGUCGUGACGCGCAUACUUCUGGGAUUUUUCGAAGGGUGCCUCUUCCCAGCCAUGACCUUGUUCCUCUGUAACUGGUACAAACGGGAGGAGCUGGCCGUACGGGUAUCAUACCUCUUCAUUGCCUCGGCUCUCUCUGGUGCCUUCGGCGGACUCUUGGCUUGGGCAAUAUUAUACAUGGACGGCGUGUCCGGAUACCCGGGUUGGCGAUGGCUGUACAUAAUUGAGGGCAUUAUCACAGUCGUGUGGGCAGCGGUAUGCAUCUUCGUGGUCCCAAAAAGCUACGAGACAGCAUACUUCCUCAAUGACGAAGACAAAGCCCUCAUGAAGCAGCGCGCAGAUCACAUGGAGGCAUACAGUGGUGGCUCCGGACACUACGGGAAAAAGGACAUCAAAGAGGCAGCACAUGAUAUCAAGAGCUGGAUCCACGGUGUGAUACAGAUCGGCGUGGUGACUAUACUCUAUGGCUUCGGAACGUUCCUCCCUAUUAUCAUUAAGAACGGCUUCCACUACUCCACUGUUCAGGCACAAUACCUGGUAAUACCCGUCAACCUUUGGGGCGCUAUAGUGUACGCAGUCGGAGCGUUUCUCAGCGACAGAUACCAGACACGCUUCUGGCCUCUAAUUAUUUGCGCACCGUUCGGCAUCGCAGGAUACGCCAUCUGCCUUGCACCAGUCUCAGCUGGCGUCCAGUAUUUCGCCACAUAUCUGAUUGCUACCGCAUGCUUCCUAUGUACCGGUGGAAACAUGUAA